AUGGGGAAGCCCAAUGUUCUCCUAUGUUCUCAGUCUCUCACCCUUCUCCCAAGACUCCCUCUUCAUCGGCCAUUUACUGAUUUCCCCCGUGCGACAGGAGUUUCCUGCGACUUCGAGUACCCUGGUAGCCCAUCAUCCUCCCCCUCGGGACCUAGUCCAGCUCUUUUAAGAUCUGCCUCUGAUGCCUCGACCUCGGGAUCCAGUGAUACCAUCGUGCCACUCUACCAGACCCCUUCGGAGCCUUCGGCGUUAGUCAGGGCAGAUUCGAAUCCAGCCGCGUCUCGAAGCUUAGAACUCAAGCUCUUGCAUCACUACACGACCCUUACCUCACAGACGUUUUCGGAUACGGAUGAGCAGAUUAAAGUCUGGCAGAUGGACAUACCAAUGAUAGCGUACGACUCGCAGCAUCUCAUGGAUGCCAUGCUGGCAGUAUCGGCUUUGCAUUUGCGGUCUACGUACCCGGACGACCAUAGCCUGAUGAGAGCUUCACAUGGAUACAUGGCUUCCUCGAUCGCUCAAUACUCGAAUCUACUACGUCAAGGGCUUUCCAAGCCCAAUGCCGAGGCCCUUUUCUCCACAUCUGCUUUGAUAGCUUUCCAAGCAUUAGCAUCUCGGCGUUUCGAUGCCCAGACGAAUGGUGUUUAUACCUUACCGCUGGCUUGGUUCCAUUCGUUCCAAGGAGUGAAAACGAUCGUGUUGUCAAGCUGGCAGUGGCUUCGAACAAGCAACCGCAUACACCCGAUUAUCAACAGUCAGCCAGCCUUGUUCCUUGAACCAGACCCAGAGCGAAGAUUGUUCUUUGCCCCACUAUUGCAGGGCCUCGAAGAGCAACUCGAUAAUCUUCCCGUGCUAGCUCGUGCCGAGACCAAGCAAGCAUAUGAGCAUGCGGUUUCAUAUCUCAACUGGGCUCACAAGAAGCCUGUCCGGAAUCGCAUUCUGGGAUUUGCAGCUACCGUGUCGCGACGAUUUGUAGAUCUGAUGGCAGGUCGAGAUUCCCGGGCGCUUGUGAUCACCGCGUGCUUCUUCGCUUUGACCAAGGUGGUGGACAAUGUGUGGUGGUUGGAGGGCGUUGCGAAGCGUGAGGUCAACGGUAUUUUCAGCCUGCUCCCGCCGGAUUGGUGGCCCAAGAUGGAGUGGGCGCUGAGAGUUGCGAAUCAUGAAGGAUUGAUUGAUGAGGAAACAUGGGGCGGAAAAUUGCAGUCUUUGCUUGAGGAGCAAUCGGUUGUGAAGGCCGAAGGAAGUUUUGAGGACAAUGUGAUCCGGCAUAUCGAAAUACUGGCGCAAAUGAAUGGCGGGCUGCUGGAGCCGUUGGAUUGA